AUGUCGCGAAAACAUUUCAUUGGAGGAGAACAAGAAGAAGAAGGUCAAGGUGCUACAAAACACGUUCGAAACAAGUUAAAUAUGCCACCUAAUCCUGUUCCGGUUAAUCCAAAAAAUUUUAAUUUGCAUCUAGAAACCGUAGACCAAGAUACAAAAUCUGUAAAGAUGUGCAUGGGCACCGAACCAUUAAGAAAAUGCAAAACCUAUACAAUAUAUAUCCGAGAACAAUGGGUUCCUGUUCCAGUUAGUUGA